AUGGUCAAGCCAGCAGCUUCGUCAUCAUCAUCUAUGUUUGCCGCGCCAAGAUGGGUCAAUUCGUUCUACUCCAAGUUUCCCCUCGUCACUCUUGACCAGCAAGACACGGUUGACUGGAAGCAGACGCGCACCCUCGGCGCCGUUCAGUCACCCUACACUCUCUGGAUUCACGAGUCGUCAACCAAGGCGCACCCUCACAAUCGCGACUGGGCUUCGAACGUUCCAUCUUCUCUCCGUGCUCAGCUUCUCUUUUUGCUGCGCGCCGUUCCUAUCCAGAUCCGACCAUGGGCAAACGAGUAUGCAGCUCCCAAGGGCAAGUUGCCUGCUCUACACAUCAUGAGCGAGAACCGACUUGUUGCUGCCGACGACAUCCGAACUUGGCUCGACUCCACCCAUCCUCUCAAAGGCAAGGCCACGAGCCUCCAAGGAAUGCCUAGCCAAGUGGCGUAUGACGAUGCCCUCGCGGUUGCCCAACUCAUACUUGUGCGCCUGCAGCCAGCGUAUCUUGCUUCCACCGCCGCCAAUGGCAAAGAGCUGGCGCUGCUCUUGCCUGAGCCCCCCGCUCUGGUCGGCGGUCUCACCACCCCACUCCCUGCAUCAUUGACUGGUGACGAUAGGGUCCUUGACCUCGAAGACCUGGUUGAACAGGGCAUUGAGGCUCUGCAAGCACUCCGGGCCAAACUGGGCAGCUCUUGGGCUCUCGGCGCCGAAUCGGCCACGCCUUUGGAUGCUCUUAUUGCCUCCCAUCUAUAUUGCAUUUACGCUCUGCCAGCGUCAUCAUCCCUGCGCUGCAAGCUCGAAGAGUACGCGGACCUGGGUGACUAUGUUGACAUGGUCCUGGACUUUGCCAGCCGUGCGCUGUCGCCAUAG